UCGUCUGCUCCACGUGUGCGGAGAGUUUUGGACCGCUGGGGGAAGCGGCUGCAGGCGGAGCUCCGUCCGGGCAGUUCUCCGGCCCGCGUCCCGGGACUGUGGGUGGAGUGGGGUGGGUGAGGUGGGGGGCUUUUUCCAUGCCCCUCCGCCUGCCUCUCCUCCUCUCGCAGCCGCCCCCCCACCCCACCCCAUGGCAGCCCAGCCGCUGGAGCAGAUCCUGGCGCAGUUGCUGCAGCCGGACAAUGCCGUCAUCCAACAGGCAACGGCCCAGCUGAAGGAAGUACUGAAGCAACCGACAGCUCUUUCUCAACUUUGCCAUGUCAUGACACAUUCAAAAGAUCCUCAGAUCCAGCAAUUUGCCGCCGUGUUACUCAGGCGGCGGCUGAGCAAACAUUGGAAAAAAAUCGGCGCAGCAGAUCAAGAUAUGUUGAAGUCCCUGGUGCUAAACAGCUUCCAACAGCAGACCGACCAUAAAGUCUCCCUGGGCUUAGCCCAGCUGGCUGCCGUCAUCCUGAAGAAUGAGACCUUGGAGAAAUGGCCCCAGCUGCUUCACAGCAUUCAGCACGGGGCCCGCUCCCGAGACCCCAACAAAUGCCAGAUGGCGUUGCUGCUGCUGCAGUCCGCCUUGGAUCUGGAUCCAGACCAGUUCACUCCCUACUACAAGGACCUCCUGCGCCUCUUCCAUCAGACGCUCAACAACCGGAGUCAUCCGGCCGUCCUCUACUACUCCCUCCGGAGCUUGAGUGCCGUGGUUGGCGGGCUGAGUUCCGACGAAGUGACCCUCAUGUCUUCCAUGAUGCCCAAAGUGAUAGCAGCCAUCCGGGAACUCAUUCACGUGAACGAGGUCCAUGCAAGCGAAGCGAUGGAGGUUUUUGACGAACUCCUGGAAACCGAAGUUGCCAUCGUGGUCCAGCAUCUCUCGGAAGUCGUGAACUUCUGCCUGGAGGUGGCCUCCAACCAGCAGCUGAGCGACGGCCUGCGGGUGAAGGCGCUCUCCUGCGUCAGCUACCUCAUCAAGCUGAAGAGCAAGGCCAUCCUGAAGCACAAGCUUCUCUCGCCCAUCCUGGCCGCCCUCUUCCCCAUCAUGAGCGCAGAGCCUCCGCCCGGACAGAUGGACUCGGAAGACGAGUUGACGGAGGAAGAGAUCGAAGACCAGGCGGAAGUCCAGACGCCCAAACACUUCGCGGUCCAGGUGAUUGACAUGCUGGCGCUAUACCUGCCCCCCGAAAAGCUUUUCCCCCAGCUGACCCCUCUAAUGGAACCGGCGCUUUUGAACCCCAAUCCUUACCACCGGAAGGCCGGCCUCAUGUGUUUGGCGGUGCUGGCCGAAGGCUGCGGAGAUCACAUCCGUAACAAACAUCUUCAGCCAAUGCUCCAGGUGGUGUGCCGAGCAUUGGCCGACGACAGCCAGGUGGUACGCCACGCGGCCCUCUUCGCCUUGGGCCAGUUCUCCGAGAACCUGCAGCCGGACAUCGCUCGUUUUUCGGAUGAAAUUAUGCCCCUCUUGCUGCGCUACCUGGAGGGGGUUGAGCUGGCCCACACCACCCACCUGGCUAAGGCCUACUACGCUCUGGAGAACUUCGUGGAGUAUCUGGAAGACAAGAUUGCGCCCUACCUGCCAGCUCUGAUGGAGAGGAUGCUCGACACCUUGACCUCCUCCGGACCACCCCGCACCAAGGAGCUGGCGGUUAGCGCCAUCGGAGCCAUCGCUCAAGCUGCCAAGGAAUCUCUUCUGCCAUAUUUCCAAGCCAUCAUGGAGCAUCUGACCAGUUACAUGCUGACCAUUCGGGAGGACCUCAGGCCCGUCCAGAUACAGAGUGUCGAGACAAUGGCUAUCCUUGCCAACGUCCUGGAUAACGACAUCUUCCGGCCGCUUUCUGAGAAGUGUUGCCAGCUUGGACUGGACCUCUGCGACAGAGUGGAUGACCCAGACUUGCGACGAUGCACGUACAGCCUUUUCGGCGCUCUCGCAAACGUCAUGGGGGAUUCGAUCACCCCGUACCUGCCUCGGAUAACGACACUUCUAAUUUAUUCCCUCAAAUCCACCGAGGGCACCAAGCCCCCCCUCAAUUCAGGAAACUCCUUCCUAUUAUUUGACGACGAGGAAGAGGAGGCAGAGGUGGAAGGAGAAGAAACUCUUACCGACGAGGAAGAUGAAGAAGACUUGGACACCGUGGGGUUGUGUGUGCGAAGUGUCUUUAUGGACGAGAAGGAAGACGCCUGCAUAGCCCUGGGAGAAAUUGCCUCCAGCGUCAGUGUGCCCUUCCUGCCUUACAUCGAGACCUCGUUCCAAGAAGUGUCUCAGUUACUGCCGUGCCCCCACAUUCGGGUACGGAAAGCCGCGUUUGACGCCCUGGGACAGUUCAUCAUUUCACUGCAUCGGGUGUGCAAGCAGGAGCCGUCCGAAACUCACGUGGCGGCCUUUCAGAAGCUGGUCUCCACCGUCCUGCCCAUCUACCUGAAAGGGGUGCAGGAGGACCAGGAGCGCGAGGUGGUCAUGGCCCUCCUGGAGAUCCUGGCCAAAGUGGUGAAGGAGUGCAAGAGGGACUUUCUGCCGGAGCCAGCCCAGCUGACCGACCUCUGCCAGGUGGUGCGGGAGGUGCUGGAACAGAAAGUAGCCUGUCAGGACAACGAGGAAGAUGAAGAUGACGACAACGACGAACAGGCGGAAUACGACUGCAUGCUGAUCGAGUACGCCGGGGAGUUGAUCCCCGUCCUCGCCGAAGCGACCGGAGGCGACAUCUUCGCUCCUUACUUCGCUGGCUUCUUGCCGCUACUCCUCAACAAGAUGAAACCUUCCUGUUCCACCGCGGACAAGUCCUUCGCCGUGGGCGUCAUUGCAGAGACGGUCCAGGGCCUGGGAGGGGCCUCCAGCUCUUUCGUGCCCCACCUGCUGCCCUUGCUGAUGGGGGCAGCCCGCGACGAGGACCAGGAAGUGCGCAGCAAUGCCGUCUUCGGGCUGGGCGUCCUGGCGGAGCAUGGCAGGGAAGCCAUGUACGAAUACUAUCCCAAAAUUCUGGCGCUUUUAUCUAAUCUCAUUUCUCAAGAGCAAAACAACCGAGUAACCGACAAUGUGUGCGGAGCCGUUGCGAGGAUGCUAAUGACCAAUCCUGGUGGAAUGCCCGUUGAACAGGUUUUCCCGGUCCUGCUUCGCGCCCUGCCGCUGAGGGAGGACUUCGAGGAGUACAAAACCGUCUACCGUUGUAUCACUUUUAUCUACGAAAACGACCCGUCACAGGUAUUCCAGCAGAUUCCGGAGAUCGUGAGAAGCAGUGGCCCUGUCUUGGCUUGCAAAAAUCUUCCGACAGAAGCCAGGAACCUCCUGCUUACGCUGCUGGGCAGCCUCUCAUCCCGCUGCCCCACCGAGUUUCAGACAGCCGUCCUGGCAAACCCUCCGGAAGUCAGCACGUUGAUCCACGCGGCCAUUGGCUCCGCUUAAAACAGUCAGGAAGAGGGCGCUGUUGUCCAACUUUCGAGGACUUUCAAAGCUGGUCGUUAUGCAAAGCACCCCGUGGGGUUUGUUUGUUUGUUUUUUUGCAAUCUUCCAUCUUCGGUUUGGACCCCCGAUCCAGAACGCAAAAUCCAGCAUGCCAAAUGGCAACGGAAUGGCAACUGAAUGCUGUUCGUGUUGCUUCAAUUCAGUAUUGUUUGAUAGAUAUUUUUUCACCGUUUAGCUCUGUUCUCCUCCUGUCGUUCUUUCUCUCCUCCUUUUUUUUUUCUUUUCUUUUUUUCCCCACCACCAAAGGCGUUUUCUUCGGCUGAAAAUGCCACUCGAUACUCCGAGCUUGUUUGCAACGUUUGCUGAACGGGAUUUGAAAUAUAUGGAUUUUCUCUGCCGUUUUCCCUCCUGACUAUUCCGCCAUUCUAAGGGCAACACGUUUUGUGAGCCCCGGGCCGGGGCAGGGGUGGGGGGGACAUCACACUGAAUUUGUUUUUGCUUCCAAAGAAAGCCUCUUUUUUAAAAAAAAAAAAUCCCAUCGCAGGCUACUUGGAGAGCAUAUCGGCCACACAGCAAGGUUUGCAAUGAGAUAUUUUUAUAUCUAAUUAGAUAUUUUUUUUAAUAUUUAAUGAGGUUUUUUUAAAUAUCUAAUUAGAUAUAUUUUUACCUGCGAGGGAAUUCGCUUUUUUUCAAAAACCCUGAGGCUUCAAACGGGCAGAUGGUAGAACUGCAAAAAAAAAUGGCGCCUCGUUCGCCAUUCCAGGAAGACAAAAAAAAAAAAAAUUUGCUGAGUUUGCCAACACAACCGCAACACAAUUUGCAAUCUCGGGUCUCGCCUUCCGAAAGCCGAAGCCAAACGCAGGAAAUCCUGGCGCGGUUGAGAUCCCGGUUUGAUCUCCUCGUUCUGUGCCAACGUUAGCCGGCAUUCGCACCAGGGAUCCAAGAACGCGAACUCUACAUUAAACGGUUUCUUGGCGCAGGACACACUAACGGGCGUCUUGCUUUGCUCUUCAGCCAUUUGCCCUGUUGUGAAUAGCAGUCUUUUUUCUUCUUCACGGUGAUCACAACUGUUAUUAUAUAUAUAUAUAUAUAUAUAUUUGCCUGUUGCCAAAAAAAAAAAAAAGAACCUGGGAAUUUUGCCGUCGUUUGGCCUUUGGUAUCACUCUGGGGAAACUUUUCCUAGAUUGCCCCACGUUGUUGUUUCACAAAGUUUUUUGUGUGCACAAAGUUCAUCAGUUCUUGAACGAGGGGUUGUUGUUGUUGUUCUUUUUUUCCCCCCCUGAAUGUGGUUUUUCUACAUUGUUGUUACCUUCACCACCACCCCCCAAGCUGGAUUUCUGCCACAAAGCAACAGUUCUCACGAAUCAAUUCUUCCUCCGUCGUUUGUAUUUAAAGAUUUUUAACUUUCUGGUUUGGCCUUGGAAUUUUUCUCCGAACAGAAGAUUAAAAGUAUACUGUAUGCAGUACCUUGUAAUAAAAUGAAAAGCUUUUUGUUUCUCGCCA